AUGUACCAAGAUCAUCACAACAACAGUAAUCUGUUGUUUUUCGAUUCGUGGACGCCGCCGCCGCCGCCGACGGCGAGGAGGGAGUGGACGUUUGCCGAGGAUAAGGCUUUUGAGUUGUGUUUGGUGGAGUUUCCGGAGGGAACUCCUGAUCGGUGGCAUAUAAUCGCCGCCAAGAUUCCGGGAAAGUCACCUGAAGAAAUCAAACAACAUUUUGAUAUUCUUGUUCGUGAUGUUUAUGAGAUUGAUGCCGGUCGAGUUCCGGUUCCGAAUUACAGAGACGACUGGUUGGUGUUCGAUUCGGAGUCCAAUUCAAAUCAUCAAAUUGAUUUCGAAUUAAAAUCAAAACAGCAGGGAAACUGUGAACGAAAGAAGGGAACUCCUUGGACAUUACUGGAACAUAAGUUAUUUUUGUUUGGUCUGAGAAAAUAUGGCAAGGGUGAUUGGCGAAGUAUAGCAAGAAAUGUGGUGAUUACUCGGUCGUCGGCUCAGGUCGCUAGCCACGCCCAAAAGUAUUAUCUCCGAUUGUAUUCGGGGAAAAAGGCGAGAAAAAGAUCGAGCAUCCACGACAUUACGAUGAUAGAUUACGAUGUGAUGAAUGCAAUUGUCGAACGUCGAAUGGAACAUGGCUUCGGGUCCGGUUAG